GCUGCGAGAGGCUCUGCCCACCUGUCUGACUGGCUGGUCCUGCAGCUCUGUCUUCCCACAGAGAGAACCACUCCAUCAGAGAGUGGCUGUGUGCCUACAUCCAAGAGGUCAGGGCUGAUGAUGGAGAGAAUCUCAGCAACGCAGAAGACCAUGCCCUACCUGGAAGCCCAGCCUGAAGACCUGAAGGAUCUGUGCUAACAGAGCCUUGGCAGCUGCCUGGUGAUUUCUACUUUGGCCCCUCUCUGCGUAAGCUCUUCAGCAUGAGGCACGGUGUCCACCUGGCCUUCCUGUGCCUGAGUCUCUUCGCUGGAAGGAUGUGCAUCCAGGGGAAUCAGUUUAGCAACGAGGUCAGCAGAAGUGACAAGCUGUCCCUGCCUGGCUUUGAGAAUCUCACAGCAGGAUAUAACAAGUUUCUCAGGCCCAAUUUUGGCGGAGACCCUGUUCAGAUAGCACUGACUCUGGACAUUGCGAGUAUUUCCAGUAUUUCCGAGAGUGACAUGGACUACACAGCCACCAUAUACCUCAGACAGCGCUGGACAGACCCGCGGCUGGUGUUCGAAGGCAACAAGAGCUUCACUCUGGAUGCACGCCUCGUGGAGUUCCUCUGGGUGCCAGACACUUACAUCGUGGAGUCCAAAACGUCCUUCCUCCACGAAGUCACUGUGGGAAACAGGCUCAUCCGCCUCUUCUCCAAUGGCACAGUCCUGUAUGCUCUCAGAAUCACAACAACUGUUGCAUGUAACAUGGACCUGUCUAAAUACCCCAUGGACACACAGACAUGCAAGCUGCAACUAGAAAGCUGGGGCUAUGAUGGGAACGACGUGGAGUUCAGCUGGCUGAGAGGGAACGACUCGGUUCGCGGACUGGAAAACCUGCGGCUUGCACAGUACACCAUACAGCAAUAUUUCACCUCAGUUACCAGGUCACAGCAGGAAACAGGAAAUUACACGCGAUUGGUCUUGCAAUUUGAGCUUCAGAGGAAUGUCUUGUAUUUCAUUUUGGAAACCUACGUUCCUUCCACCUUCCUGGUGGUGCUAUCCUGGGUUUCUUUUUGGAUCUCCCUUGAUUCAGUCCCUGCAAGAACCUGCAUUGGAGUGACCACCGUAUUGUCAAUGACCACACUGAUGAUCGGGUCCCGCACUUCUCUUCCUAACACCAACUGCUUCAUAAAGGCCAUCGAUGUGUACCUGGGGAUCUGCUUUAGCUUCGUGUUUGGGGCCCUCCUGGAAUACGCAGUUGCCCACUACAGCUCCUUACAGCAGGUGGCAGCCAAAGAUAGGGGGAAGGCGAAGGAAGUGGAAGAGGUCAACAUUACUAACAUCAUCAACAGUUCCAUCUCCAGCUUUAAACGGAAGAUCAGCUUUGCCAGCAUUGAAAUUUCUGGUAAUGACGUUGACUACAGCGACUUGACAAUGAAAACCAGUGACAAUUUCAAGUUUGUCUUCCGAGAUAAGAUGGGCAGGAUUGUCGAUUAUUUCACAAUUCAAAACCCCAGUAACGUUGAUCGAUAUUCCAAACUACUAUUUCCUUUGAUUUUUAUGCUAGCCAAUGUAUUUUACUGGGCAUACUACAUGUAUUUUUGAGAGUAUGCCGAAUUGUCUGCAUGCCAUAGGUCUUCAGCAGGACAAGGUAAUGAUGUAAAUGAUAUUCUAAGCCAAGCGUUCACCCUAACCCAAUGGUGCUACAAGUGACUAAAGUAACAUUUAAGCAUUUCUCCUCAAAGAAUGGACUCCCAACCAUUAUUUAGGCAUUAUAGAGUCUUUUUUUUUUUUAUUGAGUUAGAGUCAGUUUACAAUGUUGUGUCAACUAGGCAUUAUAGAGUCUUGUAAUAGAAACUUCAACCCAUUCCUUUUUUUAUCCUUUCAAAAGACAUCCUAUGGAGUCCAAUAUUACAAACCUACUCAAGGCUGACUGCUCAGUGGCUCCCUGGUCUGCAUUUACCUCAUAUUAAAAAUGAGAAGGGGGCCAUUACAUGUAUUGAGUCAAGUGUCAGGUUGUUUCUACAUUAAUCAUACAUGCUACUUACUAAAUCUCUACAGUGCUUAUAAAAUACAGUGUGGCCUACUUAGGGAGUAACAUUUUUUAGUUUUUGUUUCUGAUUAAAAUGAAAUGUGGGCUUAAGAUCAUUCACUGGAAGUCACUGCACUAAAUACCAAGAUGAGUUUUUAAUACGAUAUUUAAUGCCACACCAGAACUGUUCCCGUAUUCUAAUAAGUCCUACCAUUGAAAAAUCAAAUGUAAGUGAAGAAAAACUUAGUGGAUCGAUAAUCUCAAACAUAGAUUCUUGUUUCUAAGAUAUAAUGGAUUCCCCAAACUGGGAGAGCUCUGGAACUUUAUUGCCCCAUUUGACUUAUCUUUUCAUUUUACUCUCAUACACAAGCCAGUCCUAAACAAUGCUGAAGCCCUUUCCCCACAUCAUGGGAAGAAGUGGAAGACCUUUUUUUUUCCCCACUUAUUCUAAGAGUCUUAAUAUAGACUGUUGUCACAAAGCCUUACAGAAUCAAGUCCAUUUCUAUCUGCUGUUCUGACACUGAGCAACAUUUUGCCUGGAGCAGAUCCCCUGCAUCCUUCCAAAAGGAGCCUUUAUCCCUAUGCGCUAAUGAUCAGGAAUGAUGCUUAUUAGACAGUGAGCUGCAUUACGCAGAAACAAGUGGCUUAUCACAAGACAGCUUGGCCGUGCUCAGAUCCCUGAUCUUUCCAGCUGGAUUACUUUCAGUGGCUUAUCCUGCAUGAGUAGAAGAAUAUUGGUCCUGCGUCCUGAGCUUUCCGAGUAACAAUGGGACUUGUUACAGAACCUACAUUCAGGCUGCAGGUGAGCUGUCUUUUCCAAGUCCAGCCACUCUCACUCUAAUGUAAGAAGCAUCUUAUGUGCAUCCCUGCCACACGGCCAAGCUCAGCCAACAGCACCAUAAAUGGCAAUUUGUGAGUGUGCCAUGAUAUAUGAUUUUGGUUCAGGCUCAAUCUUUUAAGAGAAUCUUGCCAUCUUUAAUUCUUUAGUUUCCUUUUCUAAUAAAUACAUGCAUUUACCCUUCAUUUCCAAAAUAAACCAUGGCUUUGGAAGAUCAUCUCUCUUCUAUAAUCCCCUGUACCAUAGGCUCUCAUGCUUUCUCCCUUUAUGAUUCUUCUCGCAAUGCAGUUUCUAUGGGUUUGAUCACCUGAGCUUUUAACAAAAUGUUUUUGAUGGGAAUGGAAGAAUUAAAAGAGGGGAAAAGGGAGAAUUAAAAGAGAUGGAAUGUGACCGUA